UGGGAGUACUAAGCAGAACGAAAUAAUGAAGGUCUGUGACCAACAUAAAUCCAGAAAUAAUGUCUUGUCUCCAUUGCCAUGUGAAUGAUGGAUGUGUAUUAUGUCCUUGGAGGAACGGCCUGGAAAGCACAGCUUUGGAGAAGUUUGCGCAUAGUGUAGCUGUACAGCUUAGGACUUUAUGCAGUUUUGAGCUGGGGAACCUUUGAGUCUUGACCAUAAGAAUAUAAAGGCACCAUUUGACUUGAAUCUUUGUAUUGCUUGUCCCUCUGCAGAAUUUAUAGUGCAGUAAUUUUUUUCCCAUUAACACUUCUAAAAAUGGUGGUAAUGGAGAGCCCCUUUAUCUGUGUUAUUUCCCAGUUAUUUUCUGUUGCAUAUUUAUGUGUUUUAAGUGUGGUUUAGCCCAAGAAACAGAAUUUUAUAGGUUCCUGAUAACAAACUGAGUGUCUGGCUGUAGAAUAACUGCUCAAAGUGUACCAGAUCAGACCGGUGUCGUCUUAAAUCAUCCCGCUGCUAGCACUGCUUGUAUGCGAUUUGAGUUUUUCCCCCGUCAGGCUUGUAAAGCUGGUGAAGUCAAAGCCUGAAGGGUUAAAUGUGAGAUGAGUUGUAUUGCAGACUGAGCAGUUUAUACAUGGCACCAAGUCUAGAGAUUCCAGAGAACCAAUCCGUGUGUACAAGUGAAUCUUCGGACCGAGGGGGCUGUAUGGUAAAAGUUAAUGUGUAAUCAGUCCCUCUCAAAAAACAGCCAAAGGAAGAGCAAGGAAGUUUUUGCCUGUUGAACAUGUAACUCCUGUUGGGUUAUCAGUUAUUCAAGGGUUAUAAUCUAGUUUAUUAUAAAACCGUGGUGCUGCUUUUUUCCUGUGUAGCUCAGAGAUGGUACUUUGCUGGUAUGUGCAGUGUCCUCUAGUUGUGCACAUCCCCCAUCUCAAGGGGAGGCUGUAGCAGAAGUUGAAAUUCACUUGGGAACAUCAGAACUUUUGCAUCUUUUUUGGGAACAUGAAAACAAAGAACUACUUUUUAAAUAUCUUUCAGGACAGUUGACACAUUCCAGGGAAAAGCUGUUUUGUUGUGUUUUUUUUUUCUGCAAAGUUCAGUAGAAUCUGCAUUCCCUGGGAUUUUAAAUAAGUAUAAAAUGAAAGCAGUUUAAAAUUUAGCCUUCAAAAUGAAUGUUGAGAAGUCAGAUGACAAAGCAAAGAAUGGCUUGAAGUCUUCCUUUCUUGGAAGGGAUGGAAAUGGAAGUAACUAUAUAUGUGACAGAGCUACACCUGCCUCAAAGAACUGUGCCACCAAGAUACAUGGUAAUUCAGCUGACCAAAAUAUAGUGACUCAGCAUCAAGAUUAUACUGUUCUUGAAAAUAAAAGUGACUCAAGAGGUAUUCUUUUAGAACAACAGCAUACUGAAGCAUCUGAUAAGUACAACUGCAUAGGAGCUCCAUUGGGAGAUGCAGAUGCUGCAUGCAAGUCUUCUUCCAUCGUGGAACAGUCUUGUGUGUAUCCUUUGAACUGUGACUUGAAAGAAUCAACAAACUUAUUGAAAGGUAACAUUGCUUUGACAAAAAUGCAAAAUCAGAGUAUGAAACCAUCUGUGCCUUACAGUCAGACUGACUCUAAGAGUGAAUUACCUCUUCCUGCUUCAGAGCAGAACACACAGUCCCUGAUAAAGGACAGGGCACAAUGCCAUUUGAGUGCAUUGGAUGUUACUUAUGUUAUAGGUGAAGCUCUGGGAACUGAUCAAAAUGAUGACAUGCAUCUAGGAGAAACACUAAUCUCUUCUGAAGCAUAUAUGAGAGAGAAAUCCGAGAGAAACAACUCAGAAAGAACACCUAAUCUCUCCUCUACAAUAGUGGUUUCAAAAAGCACAGAUGCUUAUUCAGAACUUGAAGUAUUUUGUCCUGCCUCUGCAGGUGUUGAACACUAUCAGAAACACAUGGACAAGACUGAUAAAGAAUCACAGGAGACAGAAGCACAGUCUGUAAAACUAACUGCUGGAUGUAUAGGUCCUUGUAGGCAAGAUACAUUAUCACCAUGCAUUGUUAUCAGUGAGAAUGAGCAAAUGAAAUCCUUGCAGCAUACCCCUGACCGUGAUGAAACUGGGAAUCACAAUACUGAAACAGGCAUGGAUAGUCCUGUAAAUAACGUGCAACUUCUCCCGGUAGAUAAAACGGAUGGAGAACAAGUAUCAAAGAAAACAAGUGAACCCUUAACCAAAGAACAAAGUGUCUCUGGAAAUGCUGCUCUUCAGAAUAUGCACAACGCCUCUUUCAUAUCUUACAGUGUACCGAAGUCAAAGAGGAAUGUUACACCUGACCUCAAGUGUGAAGCAACUUUUCUGGUCUUCAGUCCUAUGGCUGAUGAAAUUGAUUCUGGUCUAUGUACUUCGACCCCUAAUGAACGAUCAAAAACCAGAACUUUUUCUGUUUCAGCUUUGACAGGUUUUGGAGACAAGACUCAUGAACUGAAACCAAAUGAGGCAUUUGUAGGAGGGCAUAACAGAAGGCCUUUGCUUAAAGCUGGUUCAGGUCAAACUGCAGGAAAACCAGUGGGCAGGUCUCCUAUUGCGUCAACAAUAACCAAAGCGAAGAAAUCGGAGAUUGUUAGUUUUCCCAAACCGAAUUUCAAAAAUGUUAAGCCAAAGGUUAUGUCCAGGCCUGUGCUACAGUCAAGAGGCAGUGCAGCAUUAAAACAGUCUCCACAGUCCCCCCAACUAUCCGCUGUCUCCUCAUCUUCACCGGUUGCCUCCCCGAGGCAAUUGUCCCCCUCUAUAAAAGUGCUGAGAAAGAAAAUAGAUCUGGCUAAAGACACUAAGGUGGAAUUGCCUGUAAAUCAGCCCCAUAAGCUACAUCUUAACAAACACCUCUUUACGAGCCAAGUCGUACAUGCCACAACACAUCCCAGAAACGCUUCCCACAGGGCUUCAAAGGCACCUGCGCUCAAGCAGAGUCCGGAAGACAUCGGCAAAGCAAGCUCUGCCCAGUCGGCCUGCUCCUCGGUUUCUGUUGUACUUCCAGCCCCAGAAGAGAACUCAAAAGAGAUGCUGAAUGAUAAAAUGGAAAGUUCGCACUCUUUAAUGCAGCCUUGUGCUCAAACCAUCUACCUGACCAGAGGUGAAAAAGAGCAAAGCAACAAUGUGGGAAUUCUGCUGGAAGCAGCCUUGGUAAAAGAUGUGGCAAAUGAAACAUUUGACCUGCACGCUGAUCCUUUGAUACCUUCUGUGAAGGACAGGACAACACCAGGGAAAAACGUACCGAAGAAAGGCCAAAUCACACCGCGAAGUAUAUCAGCUCCCAAGGUUAAAUCAGUGCCAUCCGUGUUGCCCUUGAAGAGAGGAUGUGAAAAUAAAACUAUCUGUACAGUUAAAACACCUUCUCACAAAGGAGCUGUUCUGUCAUCAAGCUCUGGUGUAGGAUCUUUGCCAGGAGAGAAGCAUGUCUCUGUGAAAAGUUCUCCAGCCUCCUGGGCUAGCUCCGGUAAACCACUCGCCAAAUCCAAAGUGCCCGUCAAGAGAUCUGUGCUUGAGAGAACACCAAGUGUCUCAUCUGUCAGCAGCACUCAGAGUGAGCGAAGUCUUUUCGGCACUGCAAAUGCCACAGUCAUCAUCAAGAAUGGAGAAUGGCCUUCAAAACCAGCCUGCCAGAAUGGUACUCCAGGAUCUGUCCCUUUGAAAGCAGUACCAAGACCUAGAUUACACUCCUUGAAGUCCACCCCAAAAGGAGCCAAGGCCAGGUAUGCUUUGCUGAACCAGUGCACACCGAAAUCAUCUGGGCCGCUGCACACAGCAAGGAAAGUCAGUGAGGCUAGAGGUACUCCUGGAAGAAAUGGACACCAAAGCCUAUCUUGUUUGGGUUCUGUUGACAAGGGCAAGCAGCGGAGUCCCAAGAGCUCGUGCAUACAGACUCAAGCCUCCACAGAUGUGCAUCCACCUGCCACUAAAACAGCCGAGCUGACACAGUACAAAACAAAAUGUGAGACCCAAAGUGGAAUCAUCCUGCAGCUGAAAAAAUUCCUGACAAGCAGUAACCAGAAGUUUGAAGCUUUAACAGUUGUGAUCCAGCACCUGCAGUCUGAGAGGGAGGAAGCACUAAAACAGCGUAAAGAGUUAUCUCAAGAACUAGUUAACCUUCGAGGAGAGCUAGUAACUACUUCUGCAGCUUGUGAGAAAUUGGAGAGAGACAGGAAUGAACUGCGAGCUGCGUAUGAAGGGUUUUUGCAGAAGUUAAACCAGCAACAUCACAAUGAUUUAGCUGAGCUGGAGGAGAGGCUUAAACAGUUUUACACUGCAGAAUGUGAGAAACUCCAAAGUAUCUGCAUUGAAGAAGCUGAAAAAUACAAAGCGCAACUCCAGGAGCAGGUGGACAACUUAAAUAUCACACAUGAAAACUUUAAGCUGGAACUUGAAAACAGCCACUCAGAAAAAGUAGAGGAGCUGACAAAGAAGUAUGAAUCCUCUUUUUCAGAGCUCAAGAGUGCUCAUGAAUCUGAAAGGAAGUCGCUUGAAGAUUCCUUUAAAGAGAAGCAAGAAUUGCUAGAGAAAAAAAUCGAUGAAUUAAAAUGUGAAAACGACUCUCUCAGUGAGAAGUUGAAAUUUGAAGAGCAAAAACAAAUAGCCAAAGAAAAAGCCAGUCUUAAAAACCCGCAGAUUAUGUAUCUGGAACAGGAGCUGGAAAGUCUGAAAGCGGUGCUGGAGAUCAAGAAUGAGAAACUCCAUCAGCAGGAUGUGAAGUUAAUGAAAAUGGAAAAACUGCUGGAGAACAACACAAUCUUAAUGGAAAAAUUAAAGAAGGUUCAGCAAGAAAACGAAGAAUUAAAAGCUCGGAUGGACAAACACAUGGAGCUUUCAAGGCAACUUUCUACGGAGCAAGCCGUCUUACAGGAGUCGCUAGAGAAAGAAUCAAAAGUAAACAAACGCCUGUCAAUGGAAAAUGAGGAACUUCUGUGGAAGUUGCACAAUGGUGACCUAUGCAGCCCGAGAAAACUCUCUCCCAGUUCUCCAUCCGUGCCUCUUCAGUCCCCACGGAAUUCUGGUAACUUCUCUAGUCCCACAGUAUCACCGAGAUGACAUCUCUUGAGAGAAAGAGGGGGGAUUGCAUUUCGCUGGUGAUCUGCCGAACCGAUCCUAAUUUUAAUCACAGGAACAAGAGCUAUAUUAGCUGAGUAUGAUGACUAAACAUAACUGGAAACUAUUUCGUGCAAAAAUGGCGAUAAGAGACUGAGAACAUGGGAGAAAAACACUCAUGUUGCUCCUCCCAAAAAGACUUGUUUAUGACCUCUAUGGACAUUGUUGCACAAAGCACUUACAGAGCAAGGAAAGACUUGUUCAUUGCCUUUUCACCUAACUCUAAGAAAAAGCUCAGGGGCUCAGAGAUAAAGAUCACAACCUUUAUAAGAUGUUCCUUAUCGCAGACUUUUUUUUUUAAGGCUGUGUGUAUGUGUGUGCACUGUGGAUGGAAUGGAUGUAACACACUGUGCGUGUGUCUAAUGCUGCCUUCUUUGCUGUGUACGUAAUAAAGGAUAAAAGCUAAAGACUAUACAUUGACACGUACUUCCUUAAUGAUGUUGUCAGUAUGCAUGCUUUCAGCAUUUCCCUGGGAAUAAGGAGAAGCUGCCACUAGUCCUGUAGCUUAGUUUCCUUCAUCUUUCUGGCUUCAGUUCAGGUAAAAAAAAUGGCAUGAAAUGCUUUGUCAACUGUCUCAUUAGUUUCUUAGCCGACCUGAGGAUGCAACCUUGAAUUAAUUUUAAAAACAAACUGAAUUGCAGCCGUAUUUUGCGUGGAUUCUUCAUUUCACAUCCAUGCAUAACUCUGCCAUUUAUGAGGAAACAUUUUUUGCAGGAUACAGUGGAUUUUGGCUUUGAAGUCAACAGGGUCAUAGUCAGAAACACAGCAGCCCUCAAGGUCAGCACGUUUGGAAACCUGGGCUUGUCACCUGCUGAAAAGUGACUUAUUUCUGCAAACCAGCGUGUCCAUUGCUGAGGCCGUCUGCUGAGGAUAAACUAUUAAUAAUGUGGAUUUGAAAGCCAAAGAGAAAAAUGCAAUAAUUGUCAUUAGUUGCAUUCUUAACUUGGUUCUCCAGAAGAAUCUUCAGUAAUUUGUGAAUUCUGAUGUCUCUGGUGACACACUUUGCCUUUUUAAGCGUAAGCAUUUUUAUUAACACUCUUCGGAGUUGGCUAAAUUUGCCUGAGGAAGAGGGGAAGGUGGCAGCUCUGUGUUUAUCUUGCUAAUUCUGCCAUACCUUCCCUCUUAGACUGCAGGAUAGUGUUGUUUUGUCGGUUCAUUUGGAAAAACAUCCUGUACAAGAGAUUCUGUGGAGUAGGGAAAAAACCCCUGUCCUGGCUGCUGGAACUGGAGACAGCGGGUGGCAGCAGUUCUGAAAAUGUCACAUGCUGAGCUUCAGCUUCAACCAGCUAAUUGUGGAGCCUUGGGCAGACCGGUUCAAGAUCUCUACAUUGUACCUACUCAACACAGGUUCAACUUCAAAUUAGUAUUACAAACUACUAUCUAGUGUGGGUUUUACAGAACCACUUCCAGGAUCGUUGUUGUGCUGCUGUUCAGCUCAUGCUGUUAGCUGGUGUGGCCACUUGUAUCUGCUGAGUUUUCUGGUGUUUUCCAGUAGCCUGGGGACAGGAAUCAAGGAGAUGGACAGUGUUUAGGGAACUCAACUGGAGAACCACUUCAAGCCAUUUUACACAAGACUUGAAAGGUCUUGGCUAGUAAUAAGAAACACAGACAUAUAAACAAGACUGUUAACAGCGCUCAUACAGUAAGUAAGCUUGUAAUAAACUUGUGAUUGACUAUUUCAUCAUUAAAUUGACUUAACUUUCCGUAAUGUAAAGCUAAGGGUGCAAUUUCUAUAGAAUAUUAUACUUGCUUUUAAUCCUCUUUAGGGCACUGUACAUACCACCUGUUAGUGGUGUCAGUACUUAAAAUGUUUUCUAGGGGUUUCAAGUUUAACUAUGAAAAUCCUCUGUGGGCUAAAAUUUGGCAUAAAGUAUAUCUUGGAAUGUUCUGAUUUUCUAUGGUCAAAGAGAUUUGAUCACAUGUAUUUGAGCUGAAUGCUUAAAAAUAAAUUUUUCAUACUGAUUGAA